AGGUGCUUCAGCUGAUUGCCGAGCGGUCGAUAUUCUCGCUUCCGCUGCCUGCGCUCAGCCGCUCGUGGCUCCACCCGCCACUGUAGGCUAAUAAUCCGAUAUGGAGCAUGCCUUUACCCCGUUGGAACCCCUGCUUCCCACUGGAAAUUUGAAAUUCUGCCUUGUGAUUUUGAAUCAGCCUUUGGACAAAUGUUUUCGUCAUCUUUGGAGCAAAGCUCUUUUAAGAGCCUGUGCUGAUGGAGGUGCCAACCGCUUAUAUGAUGUUACCGGCGGGGAGAGGGAGAGCUUUUUGCCUGAAUUCAUCAAUGGAGACUUUGACUCUAUUAGACCUGAAGUUAGAGAAUACUACACCGUUAUGGGAUGCGAGCUUAUUUCUACUCCUGACCAAGACAACACUGACUUCACCAAGUGCCUUGAGGUGCUGCAGAAGAAGAUCGAGGAGAAAGGCCUGCAGGUGGACGUGAUUGUGACGUUGGGAGGGCUUGCCGGGCGUUUCGACCAGAUCAUGGCAUCGGUGAGCACCUUGUUCCAGGCGACUCGCAUCACCCCCUUGCCAGUCAUCAUCAUCCAGGAGGAGUCCCUCAUCUACCUGCUCCAACCAGGGAAGCACAAGCUGCACGUCGACACUGGGAUGGAAGGUGACUGGUGUGGCCUCAUUCCUGUGGGACAGCCCUGCAAGCAGGUCACGACGACGGGCCUGAAGUGGAACCUCACUAACCUACCGAAGUCUAGCCUCGCCUACCUUCCCCGCGCUCAGAACACUUACGGUAGCCGACAGCCGGGCAACAUCCUCUCCCUGCUGCUGCAGGAUCGUGCCGCACGUCGCUCGCCCAGGAAAGGACCGAAAUUCAAAGCAGAGCUUCUACUGGAUGCAUAUUGCUUUCACACCAUUGUAAAGUUGAAAAACUCGAAGCACAUGCUCGGUUUUGGAACACUGGUCAGCACCUCCAACACCUACGACGGGUCUGGGGUCGUGACCGUGGAAACGGACCACCCGCUCCUCUGGACCAUGGCCAUCAGAAACGCCUCUGACUGACUCGUCUGCCGGCAGCUCGCCCCUCAACAGCAGCGGCUUCCUUGGGUCUCAGGAGCCCAAGCCUCUCCCCGGGAAGCCCGCUAGUUUCAGAGAUGCUGAUGUUUAGAUAAUGCAGGUUAACAUAAAUGACAGACGUUUUAUAGUGAGGGGGAAAAUCAUUAUUUUUAAGAAGAUAAGCUCUGUUAUAUUCAGUUGGGAAACUGACUCGUUCCACCACACAGUUCAGCACUGAUGACCGUCAUGUUAUUAAUCAUUCCAUUUUCUCUAUGAAAUUGCUUUCCUUUGGAGCUGAGGAGGCCCGCGGAGGCUCCGGGCGCCCCUCACACACGCCGCCUCUGCACAUGCUUCGCCGCGCACCACACAGGCUGCUCUGAGCAUCUCGGGGUCAGGCCCCGCUGUGUGACGCACGUGGAGAUGUGAGCGCUGCACCCUUUUGCUUUGGCCUUAUUGCCGUCUUUGGUCUUGUCUCUUAAAAAUGAGACUCACUGACCUAAUUAUUAAAUUUGAAAACAGGUUGUUCUGGAAACUCUAGUUGAAGAGAGAAAUGUCAUGAGAGACAAAUGACAAGUCACAAAGCCGCGUGACAUGCCCCAGGGCCACGCCCUGGUGCAAGGACUGACGGGCCUGCCCUCCUCGCACUUAGUCAGUUACAGCCCAGGCUGAAGGCCUCGUGCACGGGAAACACGCCUAAACGCGGGGCCGCUCCGGCCACACCGCCGGCCGGGAGCCUGCUGGCUCGCGGACAGUGCGUUUGGUCAGGUGGCCAGCAGUGAGCUUGGCGGCCCGUGGGGACGUGAGGGCGCCAUGUGCGGGGCCUGGGUCUGAAGGCCUGUGUUCCUUCCCGGGUCCGGCCACGGCCCCCGAGCCCCUGUCCUCAGCCGGAAACCAGAGGGGCCCGAGCCGCUGCCCACGCCCGGAUUCUAGACCCCAACGGGUAUUGGGCACGUAAUGCACAGGUGACAGCCUCCAACUGCCCAGCACCCUGAGAUGUAUUCGCAUCAUAUUCAUGACGAGACCCUCUUCCAGCUGCUUACCUUUUUGUGUCCCAUUUCCCAAACCAUAUGUUGCCAUAGAAACCAGGAGGCAAGGAGAGCCUGCCCAGCAGGUUUCCUGCUCUCAGC